AUGUACACACUGCUAUGUUUCGCAGGGCUUUCUGCUCUUUUACAAAUUGCGCAUGCGCAGGUUACGUGCUCAGGGAGCUUUGCUUCUAUCACCGCCGAGGAUUUUGUCGCAAACCUUCAUCCGGGAUGGAAUCUAGGGAAUACUUUGGACGCUAUUCCAGACGAAGGCUCUUGGAACAAUGCCCCUGUCCAGGCGGCAACGCUUGAUCUCAUCAAAGAAUCCGGGUUCAACAGCGUUCGUCUUCCAGUGACCUGGACGCACCAUUUCACAGGAGGCUCUCCUGACUGGACCGUCGACCCAGCAUGGCUGCAACGCGUCUCCGAUGUACUAGACUUGAUCACUUCUCGUGGUCUAUAUGCUAUCGUGGAUGUCCACCAUGAUUCAUGGGAGUGGGCCGAUGUCACUGCUGCCGGGGCGGACUUGGCCCAAAUCGAAGAGAAAUUCUAUCGGCUCUGGUACCAAAUUGGAACCACACUAGCGUGCAAGUCCAGCUUAGUCGCAUUCGAGUCCAUCAACGAGCCACCAGCAAACACCGCCGAAGACGGCGCUGAAAUCAACAAGCUGAACAGCAUCUUUCUCCAGGCAAUCGCUGAUGCCGGAGGCUUCAACUCCCAGCGCGUUGUCAACCUUGUCGGAGGUGGCCAGGAUAGCAUCAAGACAUCGCAGUGGUUUGAAGUUCCAGAGGGUAUCACCAAUCCUUGGGCUAUUCAAUUCCAUUACUACAGCCCUUAUGACUUUAUUUUCAGCGCAUGGGGUAAGACAAUCUGGGGCUCCGACGAUGACAAAGACAUCCUCACCACAGACUUCGAGCUCAUUCGCAACAACUUCACCGAUGUGCCCCUAAUCCUCGGCGAAUACGACGCAUCGUCCGUGAAUACCGAGCCAGCCGCGCGCUGGAAGUACUUCGACCACAUUCAGCGAGUUGCGUCUCAGUUCGGAAUCUCAACUAUAAUGUGGGAUAAUGGUGCAGACCAUCUCGACCGUACGACGGGUCAAUGGCGCGAUCCCACAACGUUGGACAUCGUCGUUGGCACGACGGAAAAUACAGCUAACAGUCUCCCUGAUAGCACGGAGGAUGCGUCUGCGGCAGAGCAGCAGUCUUCUGCGUUUAUCUUCCACCAGGUCGGAACGGAUGUUACAUCUCAGAGUCUUCCUUACCUCUUCAAUGGUAACUCUCUCGUCUCCAUUACUGAAUCCGAUGGCUCGGUGUUGGCGAGUGGUUCGGACUACUCCGUUUCUGGGAGUAACAUCAUCUUCUCAACCGCAUAUCUCGCAACGAAGUACACAGCGUCCAGCGCGCCGGGUGUCAUUGAUACUUUGACCCUUCAGUUCUCCGGUGGCGCAGCGUCCCCUACCAUUCAAAUUGUUCAAUGGGAUACACCCGUCCUAUCUUCAACUUCCGCAUCUGCAUCCGCAGUAUCAGGAUCUGAUCUCUCCAUCCCUAUCACCUGGAACGGCCUUCCAAAACUGGCUACUGUAAAAGCCCUUACAAACUCUGGUGUCUAUCUUUUCGAUGAUUGGACUCAAUGGCUUGGUCCGCUUCAGCAGGCUCGUGCGACAUACAGUAAUCACUGGAACUGGGACACCAACAACGUGAUCAUCACCGCUGCCUCUAUUGAUGCCGUUGUGGCUGCGGGACAGACAUCUGUAUUCACAUUUGAGUUUUACCCUCGUGUUGACGGAGGGGGAAAUACUGUUGAGUUUACAUUGACUGUCUAA